AUGGGAGCGCAUCUGCAGCCUCUAGCCCUGCGGCUUCUGGCGUUGACUUUUCCCUUGGUGGCGAAGGGUUUUUCUGACGAAACCUUGGAGAAAGCCGCGAAAUCUGAAGGAUAUUGCAGUCGGAUCCUGCGAGCCCAAGGCACCCGGAGGGAAGGGUACAAUGAAUUUAGCCUCAGGGUGGAGGGCGAUCCAGAAUUUUACAAGCCUGGAAACAGUUACCGGGUGACACUUUCUGCUGCCACUCCUGCUUACUUUCGAGGAUUCACAUUGAUUGCUCUCAAGGAAGGAAAAGAAGGUGACAAGGAAGAUGACCAUGCAGGAACUUUUCAGAUCAUAGAUGAAGAAGAGACACAGUUCAUGAGUAAUUGUCCUGUUGCUGUUACUGAGAGCACACCUCGAAGAAGGACGCGCAUUCAAGUGUUCUGGACGGCUCCUCCUACCGGUACAGGCUGUGUAAUUCUGAAAGCCAGUAUCGUGCAGAAGCGAAUAAUUUAUUUUCAAGAUGAGGGUUCUCUCACCAAAAAAAUUUGUGAACAAGACUCAGCCGCAGAAGGUGUGACUGACAAACCAAUUUUAGAUUGUUGUGCCUGUGGAACUGCCAAAUACAGGCUAACUUUUUAUGGAAACUGGUCAGAGAAAACACAUCCCAAAGAUUUUCCACGACGCACCAACCACUGGUCUGCGAUCAUUGGUAGUUCUCACUCAAAGAACUACAUCCUUUGGGAGUACGGAGGAUAUGCUAGCGAAGGAGUCAAACAAGUCGCAGAGUUGGGCUCCCCUGUAAAGAUGGAAGAAGAAAUUCGACAACAAAGCGAUGAGGUUUUAACAGUCAUCAAGGCAAAAGCACAGUGGCCUGCCUGGCAACCUCUGAAUGUGCGAGCUGCUCCCUCUGCUGAGUUUUCUGUUGAUCGUCACCGGCACCUGAUGUCCUUCCUCACCAUGCUCGGCCCCAGUCCGGACUGGAACGUGGGGCUCUCUGCUGAAGACCUCUGUACCAAGGACUGUGGAUGGGUUCAGAAGGUCGUCCAGGAUUUAAUACCCUGGGAUGCUGGCACAGACAGCGGCGUUACCUAUGAGUCUCCUAACAAGCCUACAGUGCCUCAGGAGAAGAUCAGACCACUUACAAGCUUAGAUCAUCCUCAAAGUCCAUUUUAUGAUCCAGAAGGAGGAUCUAUCAAGCUGGUAGCCAGAGUUGUCAUUGAAAGAAUUGCACGCAAGGGGGAGCAAUGCAAUAUCAUACCUGAUAACAUAGAUGACAUUGUGGCAGACCUAGCACCAGAGGAAAAAGAAGAAGAUGAUACCCCUGAGACCUGCAUAUAUUCAAACUGGUCCCCGUGGUCAGCCUGCAGCUCCUCUACCUGUGAAAAGGGCAAGAGGAUGAGGCAGAGAAUGCUUAAAGCUCAGUUGGACCUCAGUGUGCCCUGUCCAGAUACCCAAGAUUUUCAGCCAUGCAUGGGUCCGGGCUGCAGUGAUGAAGAUGGUUCCACUUGCAUGAUGUCUGACUGGAUUACGUGGUCCCCCUGUAGUGUUUCCUGUGGGAUGGGAACGCGAUCUAGAGAGAGAUACGUAAAACAAUUCCCUGAAGAUGGCUCUAUGUGCAAAGUGCCUACUGAAGAGACUGAGAAAUGCAUUGUAAAUGAGGAAUGUUCCCCUAGCAGCUGCCUUGUCACUGAAUGGGGAGAGUGGGACGAAUGCAGUGCUAGCUGUGGCACGGGGAUGAAGAGACGACACAGAAUGAUCAAGAUGACUCCCGCCGAUGGAUCCAUGUGCAAGGCAGAAACUACAGAGGCAGAGAAAUGCAUGAUGCCUGAAUGCCAUACCAUUCCCUGUCUACUCUCUCCUUGGUCUGAAUGGAGCGACUGCAGCGUAACGUGUGGGAAGGGAAUGCGAACCCGGCAAAGGAUGCUGAAAUCUGCUGCUGAGCUUGGAGACUGCAACGAGGAGCUGGAACAAGCAGAAAAAUGCAUGCUGCCCGAAUGCCCUAUCGACUGUGAACUAACAGAGUGGUCCCAGUGGUCCGAAUGCAAUACCUCAUGUGGAAAGGGUCACAUGAUCAGGACAAGAAUGAUUAAAAUAGAACCACAGUUUGGAGGAACAGCAUGCCCAGAAACUGUCCAACGUACAAAAUGUCGAGUAAGGAAAUGCCUGAGAGGCCCAGGUAUGGAAAAAAGGCGCUGGAAAGAGGCCCGGGAGAAAAGGAGAAGUGAACAAGCAAAAAAAAAUAUAGAUAGUGAGCAAUAUCCAGUUUGUAGGCUGAAACCAUGGACUGCUUGGACAGAAUGUUCUACACUCUGUGGAGGUGGAAUUCAGGAACGCUACAUGAUGGUAAAGAAGAGGUCCAAAAGUACUCAGUUUACUAGUUGCAAAGACAAAAAGGAGCUAAGAGCGUGUAAUGUUCAUCCUUGUUAA